AUGGUCGUCGCUAUAGGUCGCCGGGUUCGAGACCGCCUCGAGGUGUCGUCAGUCCGAAGGGGACAGACAACACUCGAACUGUACCUCGAACAUUCUCAUUCGUUUAACCAGUCAUCGUGUCGAGCAAGACUAUGCCUGGACGACAUGAGAACGGCCACCUUCUGUCCAGGCUCUUAUUCACUUCAGUUCGGCAAAGCAACAAUGGCACCUCAUUUCUCAGUUGCCAGCUUCGGCUUCUCGACUUUGAACGGUCACUUCGUCUUGGGUUGA